AACAUACAAUAAAUUGAUAGUUUGAACAUACAAUACCAUUAAGGUCUGUAUUAUAUAAAUAUAAAUAUAAAAUAUGAAUGUACCGAGUAUAAGAUAUUAAUAUUUAAAAGACAGGUAAUGAACAGAUAGUAAGUAAAGAGGUAUAACAUGAUUAACACAAUUUGAUAUAUUUAAAUUGUUUAUAAUUGAGACUUAUUUAGAAGUAAACUAAGUGAAGUAAGGAGAGAGGAAGGAUUUUAUGAUAUUAGAAAUUUCAGAGAUGAAAGAGGAAAAUAAAGUUUCAACACUUGGAGGAAGCUUAAAAUAGUUUUGACCAGAAGAGGUGGCUUGAACAUAAAAAUGCUGAUUGGUAGCAAAAGAGGUUUUGGUAGUAUUUUUUUUGGUGAAGGAGUAGGUUUGGCAGAAUCUCGCCUGUGAUUAAUAUUUAAAUACAUUAAUUUUAAAUGUUAUCAUAAAAACAAUAGAGAGAAAUUUUUCAUUAUGUUGUUUUCAUACUUAUGAAGUGUACACUGCCAAUGACGGGUUAAAUGUAUUAAAAAACCAUAAUAUCAAUUUCUAAAACUUAAAAUUUGUAUUCCAAAUAUUAUCUUGUGGGCAAAAAUGGCAAAAUACUUGGUAGAAGUUCAAUUUUUUUUUUCAAAUAAAUACGCUCCUUUUUUGUAUAAUUUGUUGAAAAUGUUGAUGUUUAUAUUUAAAAUUUAAAAUUCAAACUAGUGGUUUGCAUUAAGAUAAAAUAUUUUUACUGUUUAUAGAUUGCAAUUAAGUUAAGAUUACAAAUUUAUCAUGGAAGACUACCAAGUAAAAUUGAAAAAAUUUAUUGAAAACAAAAAAUACCUGGAUAAUCAACAAUUUACAGAUAUUGCAGAAUAUAUUUGUGAAAAUAUUGUAACCUAUGAAUUGUUGGAUCUUCUUUUAAAAUACCUUGAAAUUUAUUCACAACAAAUUUCAUGUAUUCCGAAAAGGUUAUUUAUUCAUCUUAUUUCAAAUACAAAAAAAGAAGCCUUACAUCCUUUAAUUUUAUUUUUGGCAUCACGACAUAACAAUAUUGACUAUAAUAUAAACUUGGACGAUUUACCUGUAGAAAAAUGGACUUACCUUUUGUCAGCUUUUUAUCAAAGGCUCCCGGAAAUGUUAUGUGAUCCGGUUCUUAUAAGAAAUAUAAAGGAUAAAAUAAAUGUUUAUAAAAUGUUGAUGGAUAGUCCACAGUGGUUUAAUGAAAAUGGAGAUAUUUUUAUAGGUCUACAUUUGAUUGAAUUUGAUGAAGACGAAUGUGAUAAAUUAUUUACUAAACUAAAAAACAACUGGUCAACAUUUAAAAUCACAAGAACGGCAGUUUCUUUUGUAGAUUUAGUUGCUGCAAAAUGCGAUAAAGAACUAGAAUUUACACAGUUUUUAAUUACAGCUCUUUUCUCUUUACCUCCUGAAAGUGAUGAUAUUGUUUGGUUAUCUAAUCAAAUUAUUAAUAACUUAAAAUUAUUAGAAACUAACUGUCCAAUACAAAUUAGUGACUGGGAUGCUAUAAUUAUCAAAGCUAUAAAAUAUGGUUUAGUAGAAGAAAACCCUGAAUAUGGUUUUAUUAGAGUAUUGAGGAAAUUAGUUAAAAAAGCUAAUAUAGAUAAAUCUAUMAUAUCAAAAUCUUUUGAAUUACUUGCGGGAUAUUCAAAAUUCAGUAAUAUAAUGUUAAAUCGAGAUGCUAAACAAAUUCAAAAAGAAGAAGUAUUGAGAUUGAUUGAAACCUUAGUUAAGAAAGAACCUUCAAUAAUGGCGCUGAGUCAUGUUCCACUUUUCCUCUGCUCAUACAAUGCAUCAUUAUCAGUAGUUGAUCAAAUAUUGCUUAGGAUUCUUUUUCAUUAUGAAGAAAAUUCUAUACCAAUGUCUAAUUAUAGACCUUACUUGUGGGGAUCAUUUGCCAUAUCACAUUAUCAAGUCAAAAAUCAUCUUAUAUCAAAAACAUUAAAUAGUUUUCCUUCUACUACUGAAGUGCUUUCAUACAUACCUUUAAAAAGACUGAAAGAAACUAUAUCUUGUUUUCCUAUUAACAGACCUCUAUACAUUAAAGAUCAAAAAAAUGUACUGUACACCACCAAAGACUCUAAAGAUCCAAGUCAAAUGUUUGACCCAGCAUUUUUUCUACCGAUGAUUAGCAGUUUGUUGGCCACGGAAGCCCCAUUGAGUAUAGAAAAGUUUAAUAGAAGUGGUUGUCUAUCACUGGUAUUGGCUUGUUUAAGCAGUUACGACUGCCUUAUGCGAAAAGCUGCAUAUCAUAUAUUAACAUUAUUGCGAUCUCAUUUAUUUUGUAGAAGAGCUGAAAACUUGUUUUGGGAUCAUUUUUGUUCUUGGGUUGCACAAGGUAUCCAAGAUUUGCAUUUGGAAUCUCCUCCUCAACUGUCAAUGAUUCAAGCAUUAUUUUUAGGAAGAAUGGUUUUAGCUAUGGCUAAUCAUGAGAAAGGUAUUGAUGCUACUUGUUGUAGAAUACUUUUGGCUCGUCCUGCUGCUCGGCUUAAUCAUAUUCCUGAAUUGAAAACGUUUAUAACUGCAUUUUCUGGAUUUAAGGAUAAAACACUCCACAUGCGUUGGUUUUUUGAAAUACUUCAUGAUGGUAUACGUUCUACAAGUGAUUGGCAAGUUUUAAAAAAUAUGGAUUUGUUCAAUUUAUUUUUAGUCACUUUCAAAUGUGGCCAUCAAAAAGAUCGGUUAUUGAUCUUGAAAAUUAUGGAAGCUGCUUUUCGGAUUCAUCCUGCAACUAAUGGAGGAACUGGCCCUUGGGCCUUAAGCUUAAUGGUGGCAAUAAGUAAAUAUCCAAAAGAACUGUCAACUGAAGAAAUACUUUUGGUAUUUAAAUGUUUACAGUCUUUAAGUGGAAGCUCGUAUAUAAGUUUACCAGCAGUUGAUUUUUGGCUGUACUUAUUCUUAGAGUAUGGUAAAAUUCCCGAUGUUAGUCUAGAAGGCUAUGUAACUUUAUAUAACCUUGUUUCCAAAUUCCAAAAUGUAAGCGAAUUAUUUGAUAAUGGCARUCUAAAAGAUGUAUUAAAUUGCGGAAUAGUUUCAAAUAUUAUAUCUAACGAUGAAGCUUUUAAAUGCCAAUCCGUUUUAGAAUAUGGAAUUGGCGGUACUCAAAUACAAGAAACAAAUACAUAUUUAUUUUUACCAACUUUGCUAAAAAUAUUGAAAGCUAAAUCUUAAAAUGUAAAUUUAUUUUUAAGAUCAUAUUACUAAGAGUGUCAAAUCAACGAUAUAUAAUUAUACAAUAUAUGUUAUUGAAUUUAAAUAAAUCUUCAAUUMAUUAUUUUAUUACAUACUACUAUACAACUUCUAUGUUGUAGCAAGCUGCAGGGACAGGCUGGCCCACCGAUAUAUUUCCCAGU